AUGGGUACCAAAAAGUUAGCAAAGAAAGACACAACACAAGAAAGAAAAUGUAUUUUGGUAGGUUAUUAUGGAAAGUGUUUUGUGAAAAAGAAGGAGAUAAGAGAAAGGUCCAGUCAAUCAUUAAAGGCAGGGUUAUAUUAUACAACAGAAAAGAGUAGCAUUCAACAGUUUUUGGGCUUAGAAUCCAUACUUGGAAAAACUUCAAAGCAAAAGACACAGCACAACAAAGAAAAGAAAAGGUCAUCAGAUUUAUGUGUUUUUGAUGGCUUUGAUGAUAUGAGCAGAGAUCAAUUAGUUGUCAAAUUUGUGACUCUGAAAUCAAAGCUCCAGUCUAUCACUCUAAAAUCAAAUUUUCUGCCAAACGGUUUCCAACUAACUGAUUGGUUCUCCCAUGGCUUGGGUGGUGGGAUGAAGGAUAACUGGAUCAGUCAGAGAGUUUUUGGUCAUAAUCAAGAACAACAAGAAGAAAUAACGUCGAUUCAACAGCCAAACAGAGUAGCUGAGAUAAAAGGCACUAAUGUGAAGGAGAUUAUGACUCCUCUUGUAGAUGUAGUUCUAGCUGAUUUUGGUGACAUAGUAUUGAUGAUUAUGGUGUUUGAGGGGCGGAUUGAUUAUAAUAUUGUGGGUGUGGCUAUUGCAAUGGAUUUGUUGGAUCUUGUACAAAAAGUUGUAAUCAUUACAAGUAAAUAUAUGCAUGAGAGGUCCAAUUGGAGUAGUGAGACUCCUAACUACCGAAUGAGUAAUCAGAGAGCAUUGAACCACAUACAAGAAGCUGAUUUUCUAUGUAGGCUUUUUCUCCAGCAAAGCAAAGACACGUCACAACAAAGAAAAGAAAAAAAAAAGGUCGUCAGAUUUAUUUGUCAAAAUCUUGAGACUCUGAAAUCAAAGGAAGGGUUUCCAACUGACUGGUUCUCCCCAUGGCUUGGGAUAGCUUUUGGUCUUAAUCAACAACAACAACAACAAAUGAUGUCGAUUCAACAGACAAACAGAGCUUUUCUUUCAAUGAGAAUGCUUAAAGUGGUUGUUGGUUUAAAAGGGAAAAGAGUUGCAGAGUUGAUUCAGGCUAUUGAGGAAGAAGGAAAAGUAUACAUAAAGUUCAUGUCACAUUUUUUUUCCAAGUUCCAUUCAUUUCAUUGCCACUCUAAUGGAAGGAAUCUUUUUUCUCACUAUCUUGGUGGCCCUCAUGAAUCCAAUUUGACUCCUGCUUCAGGGUGGUUGGAGAAAGAGUCAAAUAGUACUGUUAGGCACAAGGAUUUUUAUGAUAUUGAAGAAAUGGGGCAAAAUGGGCACCAAAAAGCUUGUCUACAAACAAAGACACAACACUACUACACUAGAAAGGAAAGGAAAAAUAUCAAUAGAAAGCAUUUGUCAACACUAGCUUCAUGGUUUAUUGGUUUUUGUUAUAAAGUUAGAUGUGGCUUUUUCUCCAGCAAAGCAAAGACACAGCACAAGAAAGAAAAGAAAAGGUCAUCAGAUUUAUGUGUUUUUGAGUGA